CUCUUCUUACACUCCCUCCUCUUUCUCUUUCUCUUUCUCUUUCUCUCACACACUCUGCGCCUUUUAAAAUCUUCACGAAUCACCAAAAUCCCUUCACUCUCCCUCUUCCAACGCAACACAACCGUCUCUUUUUUUUCUCUCUUUCUUCUCUCAUGGCAGACAACCUAGACGACGGCGAGUUCUGGCUUCCGCCGCAGUUCCUCGCCGACGAUGACGUCCCGGUGACUCCCUUGCAGGGAAAGCGUCAGCCUUUGCAGCACGACGCCCUCUUGUUCCCUUCUGAGUUCCCGUACGGGUUCCCUUCCUCGGAACUUGCUUCUCCGGUUGAUUCCACCGCUGGUGGCUCCAGCGAGACUGAGAGCGACGAGGAGGAGCAGCUCGUUGCUGAGUUGUCUCUCCGUGUAGCUCGGUCCUCCCUCCAAACCGAUAACAAGUCUGUGGGUCGGUUUUUGUCCGGUUCACCACAAUCAACUCUUUGUGCUUUUGGAAGUGGUUGUGGUUGUGGCAAAGAGUCAAGCCAGGGCAGUCCUGAUGGUGUUUGUAAGAUGUCUUCUGCGAAAACCACUUGGGAUCUGCUGCAUGCGGCUGCAGGGGAAGUGGAAAGGAUGAGGUUAAGUCAAGAGGGCUUUUCUUUAAACCAACACAAUGGACACAUGGUUCCCCAAAGGAAGCCCUCCCCUAUUACCACCCUCUCACCGAAAACCGCUUCCACAACCACCCCUGAUGUCGGAUUCUACUCCCAUCAACCACUCUCUCAUCACCAGCAGUUGCAAAUAGCACAUUUUCAAUUGCUGAGGCAGCAACAGCUGGCAAAGCAACAGAACCCUGUGUGGAAUGUGCAGAAGCAAUGUGGAGGGGUAUACUCCCACAGGCAACAACAAAUGGUUGCCAACAGAGGGAGGAAUAUUGAAGUUAGUGGGAGGAACGUCAGGCCUUUGGGCUUGUCUGCGUCUGCAUGGCCUCCUCUGCAACAUGCGAAGCAACAAAAUCAGCAAUAUGGCUCUGGCAUGCGUGCUCUCUUUCUUGGAAACCCUUCUGGGAGAAGGGAAUGUGCUGGCACAGGGGUGUUUCUCCCUCGCCGAGUGGAUAGUCCUGCUGAACCACGAAAGAAGCCAGCCUGUUCAACUGUGCUGGUUCCAGCGAGAGUGGCGCAGGCCCUAAAUCUGAAUCUCGAUGAUAUGGUGGGGGGGCAGCCGCAGCAAAUGCAACGAUUUAACGCUGGUUCCAACUUGGAAAAUGGUGCAGCUGUUCCAAGGCUGAGGAGUAAUUAUGUUCUUUCUCAACAGAAACGCAACCUCAAGUCUCAGCCAGCAGUAUACCAUGAGUUCAGGCUGCCACAGGAGUGGACAUACUGAUUUGAUUAAUCUUUUGCUUGUUGGGGAGCGGAAUAUUUUGUUCUUUUGGUUUGUUUGGGGGUGGUGGUGAUGGUGAUUUAGGAAAACGUGGCAGGGGAGGAAAGGGGUUAGGAAUGGAAAAUGUAGUAGUCUUCUAUAGGAGAAUAGGUUUAUAGAAGAAGAAAUAGGUUUUUGUUGGCAAAUUGGGGAAAAAAAUGAAGUUAAAUGUAAAAGCAAAACUGUGUCUGGAAAAUAGUAGAUGGGUUUUAUUUAUUUGUUGUUUUGGCUUGGUCAUAGUUGUAGAGGGCUGAUAAUAAUAUUAGGAACCUCUGGAAAAAGCUAGCAAUGCAGCAGCAGUGCUGAAGGUUGCAGUGAUAUCAGUUACUUUUGUUCUUUUUGAUGGGCUUCGAAAGUCACAAGGCAAAGACAAAAACGGUGGAUGGGUCAAAUUUUACCCUUUUUUUUAUUUUGGUGUUUUAGGGUAAUAAACAAAGCAAUUUGGAAGGGCUGGACCAUAUUUCCAGAGGGAUUACGGCUCCUUCCAAUAGUUGUUGAUUCACAGUGGAAUCAUUUUGGGGAAUACUUGUCAGUAACAUCUGAUUCCAACCUGUCCACCCGCAUUACUUUACUAUAAAUAAUAAUGCAAGGAAUUUUCAUUA